CAAUUUAUUACAAACACCAAACCAAACCAAGACUCUCUUCAUCUCAUACAAAUUCAUUACAAACCUCUCUCUCUCUCUCUUUACUCUUCACACCCCUCUCACACAAUGGGAAAGAAAAAUUUGAAACUAACUUCUCUUUUCAAAACCAAAGAAUCACAUCCAUGGAAAUUCUUGCCCUCUUGUAAUCAUCAUCCAAAAACUGUUUCUUUUAGAACUGGUGUUGAUGAUGACAUAUUCAAAACAGUUAAUUCUGUUUUUUUCGACCAAACCGAAAACAACAUUAUUGAAACACCAAAAUCAUGGUUCACAACAUCAUCAGAAUCUGCAAGUUUCUCAACACAAUCAGAAGAAUAUUGUUUCUACAACGACGGCGAAUCAUUAGAGACAUUGGUUGCCGGAGUUAAGUCGGAGAGGUCAUCUGAAAGACUGUUUUUCGAAGCAGAAGACACGAGUUCGAUCUUGGAAAAGGCGAAAGCGGAUAGUUUUCCGUUUAAAGAAAGUGUUGUGUUAGCUAUGGAAUCAGAUGAUCCAUAUAAAGAUUUUAAGAGAUCAAUGGAAGAAAUGGUUGAGUCACAUGGUGUGAAAGAUUGGGAAGGUUUGGAAGAGCUUUUGAGUUGGUAUUUAAGAGUUAAUGGUAAAAAUAAUCAUGGUUUUAUUGUUGGUGCUUUUGUUGAUUUGUUGAUUAGUUUAGCAGGUUCUAAUUCUAAUAAUGAUUCUAAUUCUGAUUUAACUUUAUAUUCUUCUGCUGUUUCUUCUUUUGGUUCUUCUUCACCUUUGUACCUAUGUGAGAGACAGAAUGAGAUUACUGAGAUUGUUGAAGAUAAUAAUAAUGUAACAGCUUCUUAGUAUAUUAGUUAGAUAUGUAGUUUUAACUUCUUUUUUUGUUUUGUUAUUUGUACAUUUUGUAGAUUGAAAGAAAAUUUAAAGACAAUUAAAUUAUGAUUAUC